AUGCCCUGCGAGUGGAUGCCGUGCGAGUGGAUGCCGUGCGAGUGGAUGCCGUGCGAGUGGAUGCCGUGCGAGUGGAUGCCGUGCGAGUGGAUGCCGUGUGAGUGGAUGCCGUGUGAGUGGAUGCCAUGUGAGUGGAUGCCAUGGAUGCCAUGUGAGUGGAUGCCGUGCGAGUGGAUGCCGUGCGAGUGGAUGCCGUGUGAGUGGAUGCCAUGGAUGCCGUCUGAGUGGAUGCCAUGGAUGCCGUGUGAGUGGAUGCCGUGUGAGUGGAUGCCGUGUGAGUGGAUGCCAUGGAUGCCGUGUGAGUGGAUGCCGUGCAAGUGGAUGCCGUGCGAGUGGAUGCCGUGCGAGUGGAUGCCGUGCGAGUGGAUGCCGUGUGAGUGGAUGCCAUGUGAGUGGAUGCCAUGGAUGCCGUGUGAGUGGAUGCCAUGUGAGUGGAUGCCAUGUGAGUGGAUGCCGUGUGAGUGGAUGCCGUGUGAGUGGAUGCCAUGUGAGUGGAUGCCGUGUGAGUGGAUGCCAUGGAUGCCGUGUGAGUGGAUGCCAUGGAUGCCGUGUGAGUGGAUGCCAUGUGAGUGGAUGCCGUGUGAGUGGAUGCCGUGUGAGUGGAUGCCAUGCGAGUGGAUGCCGUGCGAGUGGAUGCCGUGCGAGUGGAUGCCGUGCGAGUGGAUGCCGUGUGAGUGGAUGCCAUGUGAGUGGAUGCCGUGUGAGUGGAUGCCGUGUGAGUGGAUGCCAUGUGAGUGGAUGCCAUGGAUGCCGUGUGAGUGGAUGCCAUGUGAGGGGAUGCUGUGUGAGUGGAUGCCGUGUGAGUGGAUGCCAUGUGAGUGGAUGCCAUGGAUGCCGUGUGAGUGGAUGCCGUGUGAGUGGAUGCCGUGUGAGUGGAUGCCGUGUGAGUGGAUGCCAUGUGAGUGGAUGCCGUGUGAGUGGAUGCCAUGGAUCCCGUGUGAGUGGAUGCCGUAUGAGUGGAUGCCGUGUGAGUGGAUGCCAUGUGAGUGGAUGCCAUGUGAGUGGAUGCCGUGUGAGUGGAUGCCGUGUGAGUGGAUGCCGUGUGAGUGGAUGCCAUGUGAGUGGAUGCCAUGGAUGCCGUGUGAGUGGAUGCUGUGUGAGUGGAUGCCGUGCUUUGUCAACUAUUGCAGGAUGUGA